AUAAUCACAAAUGAUUCAUAACCUAAAUACUUCAGCCGGUAUUGAUUUUUGGUAUACUAGACCUUCAAUUGAAUAAUUUAGUUUUAUAUUUUAGAUCUUCGGAAAACCUUGGAUCACUUUUAUCGAAACUUCAUCAUCAAAUCAGCACAAUCAUUUGUAGCAAAUCUUUGCUUUUCAAAGCUACUUCUUCAAAAAUAUCAUUGAGAUAUUUAUAACUUUGAUUUACAACAUAGUCAUAACUAAUUAGUUAUUAAAAAUGGAUGCUGUAACUGGUGCAUUAAACAAGGACUGGGAAAAUGGACUCUGCAGUUGCUUCGGGGACUUCAAAGUGUGCAUCAUAACGAUGCUGCUGCCUUGCUACACGGCGGGCAAGAUAGGCGACAAGGUGCCAGGACUGUCCUGCAUCACAGCCGGACUUCUCUUUCUCAUUCCAGUGGUCAACUUGAUCAUAGCGUUUAAACUUAGAAGUGGGAUCAAGACAGUGAAGAUGAUCAAUGAGGGGAUGGUAGCCACAUGCAUCUACUCCAUCUGCUGUCCCUGCUGUGCACUCAUCCAGGAGGCCAGAGAACUGGGCGUGGAACUUCCCAUGGCACGCGAAUAGAUUCAGAUCCACCCAGUCAACAUCAACAACUCAACAACAACAUCAACAAUAGUAAUGACGAAACAACAACAAAAAACAGAAAAAUUGUGAAUCCUAAUUGCUGAAUCACACCGAGCAGAUCGUAAUCAAAUUACUAAAUUAAACUAAAAAUUAAACAGACAGAGAACUUUCUAGUGAUGCUAAAUGCUCUGCACGAAUUGGAAAAAAAACGCUUGAUAUUUAUUUCUACAAAAAGGCUUUGAAAAUUUUCAAAAAUUAAAUUGAUGUUUCGUUUGCUACUUUUCUAAAACAAAUUGAUAAAUUUACUAAUCUAUCUGGGUGCUUUUGGUUAUUGGCGAAUCUGUACAACUAAACACUCGGUGAUUUCAGAUUUGAAUGUUCUUUUGCUUCAUUUUGGUUUUAGAAAAUAUUGGUGAUUAUUAAAUUCUUUGUGUGAAGACAUAGUUUACAGAAUUUUAAAAAACGUGUCGGUGCCAUCUUUCUUUUUGAAUAUUGCACGGUCUCGUUGCGUCUUGCUACGCAACAAUCCUUGAAAAAAAAACAGGAAAAAUUAAGAAAACUUUAGACAUUU